UGUCAGUACAUUUUCCGUCCGUCAGAGUGCGCAUCGAUUGCCGCCAUGUUGUCAGUGCUGCGUGUUUCAACGCAAUAGCCGAAGGCGGGAAUUAAUGUGGAAAAUCUGUUUUGUUUGUAGCCUCGACUAAGACCACACACACAAGUAGCGCAAAAAGGAAGUGUUUUUAUUCAUUUUUAUGUGAAGUUGUGUAUGGCCAGGCUCAUCGGGAAACAGCGUAAUAUUUGUGCGUGUGUAUAUAGUAUAGCUGUGUAACGCUUCCGAAGUGUGCGCUAAAUGCAAAGUAGUCUAUUUUGGUGAGGUAAUCGGUAUUAGGUAACUCUGACCGAUGACAUCUCUAGAUUUCGCUCGAUGGAGCAUGACAAGGUCGAAAACUGUCCUGUCGUUGGACCAAAAGGUUGAAGUCAUUAAAGCUUUAGAAACUAAAAGUCAGAUGCAGGUAGCACUGCAGUAUGGUAUUUCACAAUCCUCAGUCUCCCGUAUUAAAUCUAGAGAAUGUGAUAUUCUUGAUAAUUGGCAGUUGAGACGAUGUUCAAAAAACAGUUACAAUGCGACGGAUGUGAGCUCAGCUGACACUGACAGUUCGCAGUCAUUAGAAGACCGCUGUAGCAGCGGGAAAAAAGCAGUCACAUCCAAACAGGCAUACGAUAAUCAACCUGCAUCGCCUCUGUUUCUCAGAGCGAUUGGAUCUUUACACAACUUUAAUGUUCCGCAGCAGAUGCCAGGGACGAGUGGAGGCCCAGGAGGAGGGGGAGGUGGUGCAGGUGGAGGUGGUCAGCAGUCUGCGAAGCAGUCGGUUGGGCAGCAGAUGGCAAUGCUUAAGAAGCAAAUUGGGCAGCCAGGCACAAUGCAGCAGCACGGUGCCAACAAGGCUACAGGCCCGCCUCGGCGUGCAGUGAGCCCGUCCCCACCGCAGUCGCCACAAGUGGCCCCUCCGGAGGUUUGCCUGCGUUGGAACAGCUAUCACUCAAACAUGCAAGCCACUUUCCCCAGCUUGCUGACCAAUGAGCAAUUUGUUGAUGUGACGCUGGCGUGUGAAGGGCGCAGCAUAAAAUGUCACAAGGUCAUCUUGUCAGCUUGCAGUUCGUACUUUGAAGGACUGUUAAGUGAAAACCCAUGCCAGCACCCAAUUGUACUGAUGAAGGAUCUGCGUUAUUGGGAAGUGCAGGCACUUGUUGACUUCAUGUAUAGGGGAGAAGUCAAUGUUGGUCAAGACAAGUUACCCUCAUUGCUUGCUGCUGCAGAGGCUCUCCAAAUCAAAGGAUUAGCAGGACCUGCCUCCACUCCAUCCUCACAAGAUGAAGAUUCAAUGCCCGCAACUAUUGAGGAUUUUCUGGAUGAGCAAGUGCCGUCUCCCAUAACUGAGAGGCGCAUGCGGAAGCGCAGAAUGAUGGGUUCUCCACAGCAGCAGCCUAUAAGGCCACAGCACAUUCAACAGCAGCAGCAGCAGCACCACCACCAGCAGCAGCAACAGCAACAGCACCAGCAGUUACAGCAGCAGCAGCAUCAACAGCAGCAUCAACAGCAGCAUCAACAUCAGCAACGCCAUCAGCAGUUACAGAGCCAUUCUCAGCCACAUCCACAACCCCAGCCCCAACGACAUGUCUCUCUCCCAUCCUCCACCUCAUCUGUAGGACAAUCAUCCUUGGGAAGAGUUCAGAGACAGCAGCAGCCUCAGCAGCUCCCAGCUCGCAACCCUCCUAACUCCAUACCAUCCACCUCAGGUUACAGGCACGAACAGCCAAUGUCUGAAGCUGCCCCUCCACGAAAGCAACGGAGAUCUGAACCGCUACCAGAAGUGAAAAUUGAGCCAAUUGAUAUUGACUUGAGUAAUGAUUCGAUGGAUGAAGAAUUUGUUGAAAAAAAAUUUACACCACCUACUGAAGCCAAAGAUGAUGGUGGAGGAGCAGAGACAGUGACUGAACCUGUGACUGAGCAGAAACCUGAUAUUGAGACGGAAAAUUUUAGUGCAACUGAACUAUCGAAUGUGCAAGAAAUGCAAGACUAUCCUUUUGAGCCGGGGAGCAACAGCUGUGGAGCUAAAUCUGAGAACAUUGCAGAAGCCACAAGUGAUUCUCCAUUUGGCAGUAGUCCAGGAGGAGAUGAUGUCAACUCUCGUGAUGCACCGGGUGAAGAUUAGGCCUGCUGCGUCAUCCUGACAGUUCCUAAUGCUCCACUGAAUCGUGAUAUUGUUAUGUGACUUGGGUUUUUUCCCUUUAAUUCAGAAAGACUGUGAAGGUGGAAAACAUAGUUUUGACAGGUACAUUUUUUAAUAAUUGAUGUGUAAGAAAGUACGCACAGAGAAGGGUAUAGUGCAGAAGUUCUGGGGCCAUCCAUAAAAAUAAUCUGGUCUCUGAACUAUGUGAAAUGAGGUAGCAUUUUAUACUUCUAAUUAUAUUUAUUUAAACCAUAUACUGGAUUGAUUUGAUAGUCUGUGACUACACAGAAACAGUACAUAUUUCAUUCAUUUAAGACUCAUAGUCUCAUUACGUGCUAUAUGUUGGUUACAUAUUUCAUUCAUUCAGAACUUGUGUUCUCAUUGUGACGUAUUGGUAAAUUACACAACUUUAAAUCUGAUGUUCAAGAUCUGAUGUUCAUAAUUAGUCACAUUUAACAUCUUGAAAACUGAAAGUAAUGCUGAUGUAUUCUGGUUUAUAGUAACUGUGAACUACAGAGCUAUUAAAAAAGAUUAUUUUUUUGUAUCGGCAGGUUAGCUAUAAUUGAUGAUUUAUAUUUUGCACAAGGUUAGAUACAUUGGAUACAAAAUGUUUUACAGUUUGCUUCUAGCAAUAUUACAUUCUGUCCUUGCCCAAAAGUGAUGACACCAGUGGUUUAGGCACACAGUGGCAAUACAUUCAUUAGCAAAGUCUUCUGAAAUGUUGUCAACAGAACUGUCUUCUAGUGAGCCUAAAUGUCUUCAAAUAUGUUGAAUCACUUGCCUUGAUUGUUUAAAAAGUGUUGUCAGAUGAUGGCAGUAUGGUGUAGCCAUAUUUUGUGGUGCCUUGCAUCAAACAUCAUUAUUUAAAUGAAGUUUGGUGCUCAAUGAAUGUGUGUUUCAUGCUGUGUAGAAUUCUAUGCUACAACUGGUUACCUGUAAGGAUGUAAAUUUGUAAUAUUCAUUCGAAUGUUCCUAUUCUUGAAAUUUUGGGCAGAAUGUUACAUAAAAUGGGAAAGAAGUGAUUCUGAUCUUCCUGUACAGAUAAAGCAGCUUAUUACUUGGAUGUGCUGGUUAAUUUUCUUUCCUGUAACUCGUCAUCCACUACAUUGCAGCAAUCUGGAGGUAUGUUUUUCUCACCCCCCCCACUUUCAAAACUAGGAUGUAGGAACCCGAAAUAAAUAUUGCAGUAUUGGAUUGCACACAAUUUGCCGUAGUAGUUGGAUUGUGUCAUGAAGAACAAUAUGAUAUGUUAUAUAUGUUGUCUGUAUUAAAAAUUUCUUUUUUAUGAACAUCCAUUAUUUGUAAGGCAGUUUAUUAUGUUAAAAAUGAUGUACCCAAAGAAUACCUUGUUCAUCAGACUGAUCAGUAUGCAUUGUCCAAAGUAGACAUUUUCCCCUCCAUAUUAUUAGUUAUAAGUGUGUAGUUGUUACAUUUGAGUUUGAUGUUUUUGUAGAAAUAAUGAAAAAUAAAAUCUGAACAUGA